AUGAGCCUGCUGCGGCUGUGGUACUACUGCGUGCUGUGUGCGUUGGCCGGGGCCAUCUUGUUCGCCACGCUCCGCUACAUGCCGGCCGUCGGCAGCGGCGCGGCCCUCUCCACCACCUCCGCCCUCGCCAUCGCGCCGGCGCCUGCCGGAGUCGUGGCGAGCGAGCACAGGAAGAGGAAGGGUAUGGCGCCGGCGCCGACGAAGGCGGCCGCGAAGGUGUUGACGAAGCCAAUGGAGGUGGUGGUGUUCAACUUCGGCGACUCCAACUCGGGCACUGGCGGGGUGGCGGCGAUAAGGUGGCUCUGCAUCGCGCCGCCGGAGGGGCGCGCGCCUUCUUUCCCCACUACUUCAUCUGUGAGUGCCUCCCUGUUCCCCUCCCCUCUCCUUCCGCCACCAAUUAAGUAG